AUGGUCUCGUUCGCUUGGGUUGGUGAGCCCAGAAAAAUCCCGCUGGCCGGGAAGGAUUGCGAGGAGACAUGUUGUGAACUGGAUCCUCAAUGCAAGCAUGUUCAUGGAUCGAACGAUAAAUCGACUUCCAAAAAAUUUAGUCUCACCCCUCUUCUGGUAUUCUUUGCUCCAUAUCUCCUCUACGUUCUCAUCAUCGCUCUUCUGAAAAAUCUGGAGUCGUGCCUAUCGGACAAAAUCGAAAUCCUCCAGCCCUUCUUUGUUCUCUUCAUCACAAUCACAGAACUUCUAAAUGUGACACUUCUUCUACCUCCUCGGAGAUUAGGAACAAGGUCGGACGAAAUCAUGAAAUUCGAUGAUAGAGAGGUUCCAAAAACGACCAAGUUCACACUGAUGAAAGCAGUUCAAAUACUUCAUGCCGCUAUAGCUGUUGCCUCAAUUUUUGCAUUGUUCAUCAACAUCUCAAAUCAACUGGUCCCUCCCCUCCCUCCUCCUUACAAGAGUUACGAAGCACUUGUAUGGACUACGAUUUUGAUGUUUUCUUUUCCAAUCGGGAAAGCAGCUUUAGAAGGAAGAUGGAUGUCAAGAUACAACAUCUCCACCAUCAUUCUCAACACCGUGGCACUACUCGUUGGAUCCAUGUUGUGUUUUCCCGAUGUUUACCCCGUCCCUCAACCAUCUGAAAAACUUUCGGUCAUCACUGGAGCACUCAUUUUGACGGGAGCAGUUCUUCAUCUUCGUUUCGCCUACUUUUUCAAGUUCCCUCCAAGACAUUUGUGCCUUCUGACGAUUCCAGAGUAUAGAACAUUGCUGAAACCAAGUUUCGGAUGGGUUUUGCUGUUCCUUGGAUGCCUCUUCUCCCUUGUUACCACCAAACUUGUAUUGGAAACGUCUCCAGUUGAAACUCGAUGUGUUCGCCAACUCGUCAAAUUUCUCAUGAUUUCAGUCUCGGUUUCAGUAUUCAUGUGGGGUAUCAAACUCGCUAUGGGCGUUCGCAAAUACUGGUUCCCCCAGAAAUCAGGAUUCCGUGCUCUGAAUUUAUAA